ACAAGGUCUUAUAUAUAUUAAAAAAAUGGCUGAGGAUGGCAGGGACGCCCGGGGCCAACAGAGUGGGGUUCUGAGAAGCCUUUGCGGAAAGAAGUUAAAGCCAAAAUGCCCGGCUGGCGUAUCCUUUUACUGUUUCCCGUUUGUCCCGCGCAGUAUUCAUAACACACAAAGGGGCGGGGUUCACCACUUAAAAAGAAAGACCAGUAGGAAAAAAAGACAAAGCAGGCGACGCAAAAACAGAGCUCCGAAAUGGAAACGGAGACGGCACGACAGCGAUCUUCCCUAGUGGGCACCGGCGGAAAGCCCCGCGAAGAAGGCAGCGAAUGUCCCGUUCAGUCAGUGAGGAAAGUGGCGAGUGAAGCCGCUGCAGCAGCAGCAGGUGGUGAAACGGAAGCGGCGCACAACGGCCAGGAGAGCUUCUAUGUAUCCCUGCAAGAAGAUCUGGAGCCGGCAGCUCUUUCAGAUGACAGUUUUCCAACAGCCAUUUCCAUUAAACUAGUAAUGGUGAGAAAGAAGAACGGUCUUCCUGACAGUGAUCUACAGGAAAUACUAAGAGAAAAAAUGAGGAUUUUGGAACAUGACAGCAGAGAGGUCACAACAGUUUUUAGUGAGCUUUCAGCUAGAUUGUUGGCUAUUAUUAGUGAUGAAGAUCUGAUUGUUAUCACUUUUCGAACUGUUGAAGAGAUAUGGAAGUUUUCUACAUAUUAUUCACUUGGCCUUGUUAACUACUGCAUAGAGAAUUUAUUCUUGGAACGAGUCUUGUUGCUUAAUCAUUUAGAUGAAGAUGAUGCUGGUAUUACAGUCCAAGUAGAUGAGGAAGGUUUACAUUUAAUGUACUGUGGUAUCCUACAACAAGAAGGUACACUGUUUGCACGGUUCACAGGAAAACUACUUCAAGACUUGACAGAUGGUGAACCUCACUUGAAGUACAAUGAUGUGGUGAUUGUUGAUACUCCUAGAACUGGAUCUCAUUGGAUAGUACAGUCAUUGUCCAAUGCUUCAAAGGCUCAAGUAGCUAAGUCUUCCUUGGAGCCGCUAAUACCAUUCAGUCAAGUCCUUUUCAAAAACUUUGCAGAAAACCUAUGGAUAUGCUGCAGCAAUGAUCAGUUUGAUUUUCCAUACCAAGCAGCUGCAGGUUUUUGCUUGGCUACUUCAGAUUAUGAAGCCAAUGGACCAGAUGAACUUAGUUUCCAGACUGGAGAUUCUUUUGAAAUUGUUGGCUAUCUUGUUUCAUGUUUGGAAUGGUUUGUUGCAAAACAUGAAGAUACAGGUCAAACUGGACUAGUAAAGACUUGUCAUGUAGCACCAUGUAACUCUACCUACAAACCGGCUGAUGUUGUCCUUGAUGAAGAACAGAAUUCUAUGCUUAAAUUACAAGGGCAUAAAGAAGCAAAUUUCAUCACUUUCUUGGAUAAAAUAUUGGAGACAGAGAGUAGCACAGUUUUCAAAAUGGAUAAUCUAGAGGGAACACAACCAUCUGGAAUGCUUUGCCAAAAGAAUGGACAGGUUUGCAGCAAAAAUAUAGAACUGGAAUUACAGAAAACAAGAAGCAAUUACUGGUACAUGGAAUUAGCCAAAAAAAGAUUAUGUGAAGACCAACAUUUAGGUUCAUCUCUUAGCUCUCAGCUGUUGGAACAGACAUCAGAUCAGCACUUUGUAAUUGCUAACACAGAGGAAGAUUCUGCUGAUGAAUUCCAGGACUUGAUAAUGUUUUUAAAUAGCGCCAAUUACAAGGAUGAUUAUUGUAACCUUUACGACUUCUCUUGUUCCUUUCUCAGUUCUUUAUUUUCUGGAUAUGGAACUGAGGAGGAGCUAGUAAACUACCUUGGAAAAGCAAGAGAAACAGCGAGAAAGACAAAAAAGCUCUGGGCUCAGUCAAGGAUAUGUUUCCUUCUUGGCAAACUGUGUGCAAAAAAAUGUAAAUUCUCCCAAGCAAGAGUCUACUUUGAGGAAGCAAUUAGUGUGGCUAAAGGAUAUUUUACAGAUAUGUUUUUUUUAAUUGCUAUCUAUGCAAACUUAUCUGUCAUAUAUUUAAAGCAGAAGAACAAAGAGAAAUGUUCUGCAAUUUUUGAACGAAUCUCCGCCUUAUGCUUUGGAGUUUGUAACUACAUCUGUAGUACAACAAUGGAGUCCGAGAUACUCAAACAUAUUUUGAAGAAGGCAAUUUUGUCUGAGAAUAAAUUUGCUGAAGCAAGAGCUUGCUUCCUAUUAGCAAAGCAUUAUAUUUCAAUUAACCAGGAAGACAGAGCGCUACCAUUUAUUGAAAGACUACAACUACUGGCAGAGAAUUUUUCAAGGCAUAAUUCACUUCCUCACAGCUAUUUUUUAAAUUUAGGUUUAAUUUAUCAUCAAAAAUGUCUUCCAAAUUUAUCUCUAAGCUGCUUUAAACAAGUUUCUUUACACCCCAGUAGCAAACUCACUGAAUGUUUAGUAGCUGCUAGCCUUGUUGUGAAAAAUACACCACAACAAAGUAAUGUGGGAAAAGACGUAUGGAUUCCAGUACAGAUGAUUAGUUGCCUAAAGCGAAUAAUUUCUUUGGCUGAAAAAGCUGGUGAACUAAAGCUGGUUAGAGCUGUCCGCUUGUGUUUAUCACAGUUGUUUCAAUAUUAUAAGUUGUUUAACAAAGCAAUACAUUACUUGAAACAAUUUACAGAUAGUGAUUUUUACAACAAUUCUGUUCUUGGAAUAGAUAAUUUACUUUGCCUUGCAUGGCUACACAUUUUAAAUGGGCAAUUUGAGGAAGCUUCAAGUAUUUUGGAUGAACUUCUGCAAUCUCCAGGUGUGAAAAAAGGUACUCUACAAGAAGGAGCCAUAUAUAAUUUGCAUGCUAUUGCACUGAAACACAUUGGCAACAUAAAGCAUGCUAUGGACAGUUACCACAAAGCCCAGCAGAUUUGUGAAUUGUUGGGCUCCAGGCAGAACCAUGCUGUAGUACAGGCCAAUUUAGGCUUUCUGUGUAUUGCUGCCAAAUUCAUGGGACUAGCAGAGCUCUAUCUAACAAAGUCAGUGAAACUUUUUUCUGAACAGCAGAACAACAUCUAUGAAAUUCAUUUCAUUAAAGUUUUGCUUGAAGUUGGACUCUACUAUGUUGGCCAGAAUCUGAAAGAUAAAGCAAAGUUCUUUUAUGAGUGGGCAUUGCUUAUAGCUAUAAUGGGCAAUCAUAAUGAAUCCCAACUCCAGGCUACCCAGCUAUUAUGUUACUUCUACAAAGAAGUGUGUCCAAAUGAAGCUCAGUGUAUUAUUUACAGUGAGUACCUGCUUCUAUUGGCACAGAAGACUGGAGACAAGGUACUGGAGGGAGAAACCUUGGAAACCAUUAGCCAGCUUUAUUUUGGUUUAGGAACUGAAAGAGCUUACAGAUCUUCUCUUGAAUACACUAAAAGGAGUCUUGGUAUUUUUAUUGACUUGAAGAAAAAAGAAAAAGAAGCAUUUGGUUGGCUUCAGGCAGGAAAGAUUUAUUACAUAUUGAGGCAAAAUGAACUUGUUGACCUUUACAUACAGGUAGCUCGAGAUGCAGGUUCCAGUACAGGAAAUGUAAAAUUUAUGUUGGAACUUUAUGAAGCUGCAGGAGAUGUGUUUUUUAAUGGAUCCUGGGACAGAGACCGAGCAAUUACAUUUUAUAGAGACCAAGCUCUCCCACUCGCCAUUGAGCUGAAGGACUUAAAGGCACAAAUGAGACUCUCCAACAAGAUUGCAGAGUUGUUACUGAUCCUGAAAACCUUCAAAGAAGCUGUGGAGUUUGUUCAAAUUGCACUUUCCAUUAGCAUCAAGAUAGGUGAUCACUUGAAUGAAAGAGUUUCCUAUCACCGGCUGGCUUCUGUCUACUAUCUUCUUGAUCAGUUUGAGCUCACAGAACACUACUAUCUCAAAGCACUGUCCCUUUGCUCCUCUCCUCUGCAGUUUGACGAGGAAGCCCUAUAUUAUGUGAAAGUUUAUCAAAUAUUGGGAGAUAUAACUUUUUAUAAAUUAAAGGACCCUUAUGAUGCAGCUGGUUAUUAUCACCUUGCUCUUGCAGCAGCAAUGGAUCUAGGAAAUAAAAGGUCUCAGUUAAAGUUAUGUACACGACUUGCUACUAUCUACCACAACUUUGUAAUCAACAGGGAACUCUCGCUUUUCUUUUAUCAGAAGGCCAGGGUUUUUGCAACAGACCUUAAUAUACGCAGAAUUAAUCUUUCCCCUGAUCAUUUAUUCCAAACCAUAGCUAAUAAACAGUUCAGAACUUAGAUUUCCAGAGGACACAGUUUAGAAUAUGUCAAUCCAGUAUGUUAAGUAUAGACAUGGUGGAAAUAAACCUGAUGACACUAAAUCGAUAAAGGAUUAUUUUUUUAUGAUUAUGCAUUUUUACUUGAUAAGCGUUUACAGUGUAGUUUAAGUUAAAAAGAAAUUGAACCACAAACGGUAUGAGAGAAUAUUAAUGAAAGGUGUUAUUGAAUGCCACACUCCUUUAGCUUUCAGCUUGGUUUAACUUCUUCUUCUUUCGGCUGCUCCCGUUAGGGGUUGUAACAGCAGAUCAUCCUUUUUCAUAUCGUCCUGUCCUCUGCAUCUUGUUCUGUUACACCCAUCACCUGCAUGUCCUCUCUCACCACAUCCAUAAACCUUCUCUUAGGCUUUCCUCUUUUUCUUCUGCCUGGCAGCUGUAUCCUUAGCAUCCUUCUCCCAACAUACACAGCAUCUCUACUCUACACAUGUAACAGUGGCACCAAAAAUAGAACUAGUCAGAAUGUGCAACUUGUACUAUUUUUCAUCUGUGGGGUAGGGCAUUUGACACUCCUGACAAAGAAAAACAAGUUAAAAAAUGUAUGAUUGACAUUUCAUUUAGGUAUGCUUUGAUGGGUAGUAGGUCAUUGUGGCACUUUGCAGAUAAUUUAUAGUAUCAGAGAAAUAUUGUAAUAUGCAUAAAACACAGAGUUAAGGUUGUUUUUGGUGUAAUGCAAUGUGGUGUCACCUCAAUAUCAUAUUGUAGUAUGUCUUUGGAUGUUCACCACCAUUUGUGACCAUUUUCCAUAUGAUAGUAGAAGUCUUCUUGUUCCAUGUACAAAAUUUAUCAGCACACUGCUUCUUUGUGGUAGAAUAGUCACAGAAAUAUACAGAGUUAUUUUGGAUUCUUUAGUUUCUAUCAUCAUUGUUUAAGACCUUCAUUUUUGGCAAGUUUUCAGGUUUUGGUGCCUCAUUUUUCUUAAGUCUUCGUCUGUACUAUUCAAACAUAUAGUCUGUCAUCUGACCGUGUCUGUCUCUCUUUCUCUUAAAGUAGAUUUCAGUGCCCUGGUACAAAUCUAAAACAUUUUAAGAUUCCAAUCUCUUUCAGGCAUCUUGUACCAAAAACAAAUCUUAUGAAAAGCUAAGGUAGAUAAUUAUUGAGAUAAGUGACUUUUUGCUUUACUUACUUACAUUUAUUACUUUUACAGUUACAAAGGUAAUGAAAGAAAGAGUGUGUCAGUGCUGACAUUGCUGCCAUGUUUGCAACACCCUCAUUAUAAAUUUUUUAAAUUAUAGAUCGCUUGUAGGAAUCAAAGCAGCUCUUACUGAAGAGGACAGAAUCUACUGAUUCCAACAACAUACAGCAUCACAAUAAUCAAUGUGCCUUUUAACUGUCGAGAAACCUUUGAUAUUCACUACAGCCCCUGUGUCCUUGGCAGUGGAUUGCUUUAUAGAUCCAUAUAUUUUUUUUUUCUUGCUUUAUUUAUUUUAGAUCAGCUAUAGAAAUCAAAACAUUUCAAGUAAAAUUUGUGAUCCUGCCGUUUCCAAACAUGUAACACUUGUCUUUGUGCCAUUUCACAGAUAGGAAACCUCUGUUGAUUUGCCCGGCAGGAAGUUUACAGUGUUCUGCUUUAUUUAUUAUAGAUAAGCUUGAUAUAUAAAAAUAUUCAAAUUUCAUGUAGAAGCAGACAUUCUGAGUUUUUCAACAAUAUACAGUACGACACUUGCAUGUACAGUGAUGACCAGUCCAACUGCGAUAGUGCCACAUUGUUGGUAUGGCACAUACACUGAAACCUUUAUAUAAAUAUAAUAUAAAAUAUAAAUAUAAAAACCUUUUAUAUUUUUUUAUUUUAUCACCCAUUCAAAGGCUUUUUUAUUUUUUUUUUAACAAGAUGGAGUACUCUAUUCCUCAGGUGUACAGAUGCAAGUAAAACAUUUGGGAAAUGAUCUAAGAUGGCAUCAAAAUCUCUUGAGCCAUGUUGAACAUUGUCAUUGUGUCAGCACCACGUUUUGCCUAUAUUUUUGUACAGAAUAAUGUUGUUAGUUAUUUGUUUGUAUUUUGUUACAAAGUUGCUGCAAGAAAAUGUUUACAGCAGUAUCAGACCCAGAAAUAAUUUUGCCAGCCAAUGAAAACCAGAAAACAUCAUCUAUGCCAAUGCUGUUUCUUUUUCAAUAGCUGUAAUCUACAAUGCAGAUGAUAUGCAGGUUAUUCAUAUGUUAGUUUAUCUAUCCUACUUAGUUGUUGCCAUUUCCAUGUAUUCUUUCAUUUUCUUUUUUGUGCAUUAACUGUUUUAUGGCAGAUGUUGGCUUUUGUCGACAACAGGGUUGAGGGCAAAUGAUGACUAAAGUGAACAUCCAUGGGUAGACGGUGAUAAUCGGCUAUAAACGUUGACAAAACUCACCAUUGCUUUAUAGUUAGACCAUCCUUGCUAGGAGGAUAUCCCUAGAAUGGCAUCAACAUCUGGCGAGAGAGCUAAGUGAAUGCACAAAGCAAAAUACUCAGUGGGUGUCGUUUUUAUGUAUAUUUUAUUAUUUUGAAUUGGACUCUGACUUGUCGGACUCCAGUUUUGGUGCAGGUGGUCUGGAGAUCGAGAACUAAAAUGAAAGUGAGGUACCGGCAUCGGCUGUGCUCUGUUCUGCCAACGCCACCCUCAUGCAGGAAACCAGAGAUGGCUGAAAUGCUGAAAUAAGGCACUGCAUGCAGCAACAGACGUUUUACGUUGAUACAUGUGAAAAACUAUUGCUUUAUAUGCUUUUCAGAAAAUUGAGUUUUUGGGAAAAUAUUCAGCCCUGGGAGAAAAGGAAAACAAAAAUCAGCCCUAAAAGAGUUAAGAAUGUGUACCACUAUUCAUUAUGGCUAUUCCAGUCCUGGGACUGCUAUUGAAUUCUGCCUGGCGAGUCAUCAACCUUUGUUGAGCUCUUGGGCGAACAGAAUGCUGUGAUGUAGAAUGAAGUUAGACAUGCAUGUAAUAUUUAAUGUAAAGCACUGAUCAAAGAGUGAUGAACAAUGCUACAGAAAGCGGACAUAUACUGCCUAUCCUGGUUAAUAAAGACAGCACAGACUCACUAACUUUUUGUUCAGUUCAAAACUGAUUUUGUUUUUAUUUUUUCAUUCAUUCUAACUGCUUUGUAUUGUUUUAAAAAUUAAAAUAUGCAGAUUUUUGUUCA